AUGGCGUCGCUUCUAGCGCCUCCGAAAGCGCAGAUGAGCAGCAUUUCUCUCGCUGCGUCGACGUCUCAGAAUUUAUCGCUCUCACAGCUUCCUCUCACUGCCUUCCGUCUCCUCCAGGCCCUCUCGUCGACCGCCUCCGUCUCUUUCCGCGGGGCAGCCAUCUCCGCUCCGCGCCGAAUCUCCGCCGCGGGGACGGUCUCCUCCGCCGUUGCGGUGCCCGCGCAGGCUUCCGCCGCUUCCGCCGCCGACGCCGCCGACGGCGCCGCUCAAGGUGAGGGGACGCCAGGGGAGGUGCAAGAGGGAGUGCAGCGGGCACUGGCGGCAGUGAAGAACUCACCAGCAGGCACGCCACUGUCGCUGCUGCAGCGGCAGCUGGCAUCCGUGCUCACGCCGUUCGCGGAUAGGCUGGAUUCGCGCGCUCUGAGCAGCAUUAUGAAACAGUCGGAACGGCCUGCUGCAUGCAUGCUGCCCGACCACCCGCCCCUGUCAACCGAACCCUCCCUGCAUGCAUGGUCGGGUGGUGAAGCAAAGCCGCCGUUUCUCUGUCUGCCUCCCCCUUGCUCUGACCCCCCCGACGUCCUCCCCUUCCCCAAUCUGCCAGCAAGAGGCGGACUGGCGUGUCGUGCUGGCGCUCUACGAUUGGAUGGCGGGGCAGGGCAUUCCGCGCAGCAUCCACGUGUACACGGUGGUGCUCUCGUGCCUGGGGCGGACGGCGCAGUGGAAGCACCUGCAAUCCGUCUUGGACGAUAUGGCGAGACUAGGUGGGUAGGAGGGAGAGAGACAGUGAGGGUGGUGCUGGCGUGCCUGGGGCGGGCGGCGCAGUGGAAGCACCUGCAAUCGGUUCUUGAUGACAUGGCACGGCUAGGUAGCCUGAGAGGAAAGGGGGUGGUGCUCUCAUGCCUGGGCCGGGCGGCGCAGUGGAAGCACCUGCAAUCCGUGCUGGACGAUAUGGCGAGACUAGGAGUGCCCAUGGACGAGUACGUGUACAACCCGGUCAUACUCGCCUACUCCAAUGCUGGAGUGCCCAUGGACGAGUACGUGUACAACACGCUCAUAGUCGCCUACUCCAAUGCUGGUCGCUUCAACGAAGCUCUAGGGUGGUUUGAGCGCAUGGAGAAGGCGGGUUGCAUGCCCAACCAGGUGCUCCCCAUUGCUCUCCCUCCCCCUCCUUCCUUCCCCUCACCCCCUCUCUCCUCCCCAUCCGUCUCACAGGUAAUCUACACGUCAGUGAUGAACUGUAGUCUACACGACAGUGAUGAAGCUGUUUGCACGGGCGGGCAGGACGGAUGGCCUGGCAUGCAUUGCUCUCAGACCAACAAGCUUUGUUCUCCUCCCUCCCUCUCGUUCCCUCCCCCCAUUCAUUCGUCACACCAGGUGAUCUACACUACAGUGAUGAAGCUCUUUGCACGGGCGGGCAGGACGGAUGGCGUGGCACGGAUCGCCGCCCUGCUCAGGGAGGAGGGCGGCAGGGAGGACGGCCUUUUUCGGCUGGAUUCGAAAACGAUAUGCGCGUUGAUCGCUGCAUACAACAGCAUGGGGGACCUGAAUUCUGCGCAGGAGGAGAUUGGAUCCGCGCGAGCAGGUACGCCCCCAGGCGAGUGGGACGUGGUGGCGGCGCGGGCGGGCACGCCCCCAGGGGAGUGGGAUGUGGUGGUCUGGAACGCCAUGGUGACCGCGUAUGGGCUCUGCAGCAGCAGCAACCGCUCUCCACCACACAGAACCCACUCAUUGCUUCCCUCUGUGUUCCGUCAUUCACAGGUGUUUGAGGCGGCGCGAGCAGGCACGCCCCCAGGCGAGUGGGACGUGGUGGUGUGGAACGCCAUGGUGGCCGCGUAUGGGCUCUGCAGCAACCGUUCUCCACCGCACAAAACCCAUCUGUGCCCUGUCUCUGCUACGUGCCUGGCCCUUCACCCCUCCCUAGGUGUGUUUGAGGCGGCACGCGCAGGCACGCCCCCAGGGGAGUGGGAUGUGGUGGUGUGGAACGCCAUGGUGGCCGCGUAUGGGCUCUGCAGCAACCGUUCUCCACCGCACAAAACCCAUCUGUGCCCUGUCUCUGCUACGUGCCUGGCCCUUCACCCCUCCCUAGGUGUGUUUGAGGCGGCACGCGCAGGCACGCCCCCAGGGGAGUGGGAUGUGGUGGUGUGGAAUGCCAUGGUGGCCGCGUAUGGGCGGGCGGGCAAGGUGAGGCAAGCAGAGGAGCUAUUGCUGCAGAUGGAAGCACAGGCGGACAGGGGUGACGGGCGGAGUGAGGGGGAAGAAGGGGCGGGUGGGGUUGAUGCAGGGGAGUGGGGGAGUGUAGAGCCUGAUUGGGGGAGUGUGGAGGCAGAUGGGGGGGGAAGCGUUGAAGCGGAUCGGGUGGGCCAGAGCAUGGGAGAAACAGGGGGAGCUGAGUCAGUGGGUAGGGUGCGAAGGGGUGCUGCUGGGUCGAUUAUUUCUUCGACUCGAAACGUCAGCAGGGUGCAAGGGGACGUUGAGGCGUCUCAAGCGACUUGUGAGUCGACUCAAGAGCAUGUGGGCAGGGCCGUGACAGAGGCAGAGGAUUCGGCUUCAGAGGCGCCUCAAAAGGCGUCUGAGAAGUACAUGGACUGGGUGACGGAGAGAGAGGAUUUGCUGGUGGUGCAGAUGGGUGCGGAGGGGUUUGAAGGAGAGGCGCUGCAAGGGCGAGCGCCUGGCGGUGGUGCUGACAGUGCUGAUGGGGCUGGUGUUGCUGUAGGAGCUAAGUCAGCAGCAGCUGGUGUUGCUGCAUCAGCAGCUGUGGCAGCAGAAAGGCCUGUAGCAGCAGAGACAUCUGUAGCAGCAGAGACAUCUGUAGCAGACACCUUUGAGGGCUCUUUCUGGUCCAACCCUGGGGUGCAGGGAACCCAGCCUCACCCAUCUCCGCUCCUUCAACCUGCCCUUUCCUGCUCCGAACCAGCUUCGAUGGGCUCCGAGCCUCGGCCAGAGGUUCGGAGCAAGGCUCGGGGUGAGCUUUGGAGUGAGGCUCGGGAGGGGCUAGUGGCAGCAACUGCAACUGUGACUGUAUCCCCGGUUGCAAGGCUGGAAAGGCAAGGUAUCAGCGAGAGUGACAGUGAGAGUCAAUAUUCCGGUGGUGAAAAUGGCAGUGCUGGUGUGGGUAACUGGGAUAGUGGCAGUGGUAGUGUGGUAGCUGCUGGUGGUGGCGUUGGUGUUGGUGGCGAUGGGGGUUUCGUGGCUGCAGGUGUAGAUAGUGGUGGAACGGGAAAUUCCGGGGAGAAGACGUUUAAGGUAGGCUUGAGACGAGGUCUUGAAGUGGAUGGGGAGGCAUUGAAUGCGUACAACUCACUCCUGAACGCGUAUGCCAAGGCGGGGGACGUGGACAAGGCAGAGAAGACCUUUAAGCGCCUCAUGGCUCGCGGAUUCUACCCGUCAACUGUCACAUUCAACACGCUCUUCUCUCUCUACGCCUCGCUGCCCUCCUCCUCCUCCUCGCUCGCUGCUGCCCGCCGCCUGCACGCCCUCAUGCUGCAAAUGGGCGUCCCUCUGGACGUGCCUCUCCACGUGUACUUGUGCUGUUCUUUGAGUGGCCUGCUCAGCCGGUUGUCACUGCUAACACCCCCUUGUCUUGCUCUUCUUCCCCCACCCUCUUUGUGUCUGCUUCCCCCACCCACCCGCCCUCCCCAGCGCCUCAUGGCACGGGGGUUCUACCCGUCAACAGUCACAUUCAACACGCUGUUCUCUCUCUACGCAUCACUGCCCUCCUCCUCCUCCUCGCUCGCUGCUGCCCGCCGCCUGCACGCCCUCAUGCUCCAAAUGGACGUGCCUCUGGACGUCUACUCGUGCUGCUCUCUCAUUGGCCUGCUCAGCCGCUCCGGGCAUGUUGAAGAAGCGGUCGGGCUGUUUGAAAGAAUGAAGGCGCAGGGCGUGCAGGUGUGUGUGUGGGUGGAGGUGUGGGUGGGUGGGGUCGAAGAAGCGGUCGGGCUGUUUGAAAGAAUGGAGGCUCAGGGCGUUCAGGUGUGUGGGUGGGUGGGGGCAUGGCGUGCAGGUGCAUGCUUGUGCGAGGGUGGGUGUGGUGUGGGUAGGUGCAUGCUUGUGCGAGGGCGGGUGGGUGGGCGUGGCGUGGGUUUGGGUCCGGACUCUCACGUCUUCAGUGCCAUGAUCGCCAUGUUCGCCCGGCACGGCGAGCUCGAGGCGCAACCAACCAAACCGGACUCUCACGUGUUCAGUGCAAUGAUCGCCAUGUUCGCCCACCGCCACGGCAAGCCGGACUCGCACCCGGACUCGCACGUGUUCAGCGCAAUGAUCGCCAUGUUCGCGCGGCACGGCAAGCUGGAAGCCGCGCUGAGAACCUUCCAGGAGAUGAAGGCGGCAGGGUGUGCAGUGGACAUGCCCGUGCUGACGUCCAUGAUCGGCGUGUACCACCGCUUGGGUCUGCUGGAGGAGGCUUCUACAGCUGCAAUGGACGCCAUUGUGAGUGGAAGUUUGAGCUUCGUUGCCCUCCCUUCCCCUCCCACCCCAGACUCAGGGCAGCGGGCAUCUGGACUGGAUUCUGUGAUUGCCAGCACCAUCAUCUCCCUCUUCUCAUUCGCCAGUCUCCCUUUCAUUCCCAACUUCCCAAUUGUCCUCUCUAUGUGCCUCUCAGACUCAGACUUCUCCCCCCCUCAGACUCAGGGCAGCGGGUACCAGGACCCUUCUCUCACUUCUCCGCUACCCAACCACACACCCUCCUGCCCCCCACACCUUUUUCUUCUCCCCUUUCCUGUUCAGACUCAGGGCAGCGGGCAUCUAGACCCUGUGAUUGCCAGCGCCAUCAUCUCCCUUUUCCCAUCUGCCUUGCUCCCUUCUACUCUCCGCUUCCUAUCCCCUUCUCUUUCUCUCCUCCCCCCUCAGACUCAGGGCAGCGGGCAUCUAGACCCUGUGAUUGCCAGCGCCAUCAUCUCCCUCUUUUCCAAACAAGGCCGGCUCGGGGACGCGGCGGGGCAACUGGACGCUGCUGAAGCUCUUUUUGCUGAGAUCCUGGUGGGUACAGUGCGGUCUGGAUGGAUAUGGUAUGGUGUGGGUGGGUACGGUGAAGUUUCUUGUCUCCAAGUGGAUGCAGUGCUGCUGAGCACGAUGAUGGACGCCUACAGCAAGGCAGGCCAGCUAGACGCUGCUGAAGCUCUCUUUGCUGAGAUCCUGGCAGAUGGGUCAGGCAGAAUAGCGGACCUGGCAGCACACACCACCAUGAUCAGUGCGGAUGAGUCGGGCAGUAUAGCGGACCUGGCAGCACACACCACAAUGAUCAGCGUGUAUGGAAAGCAUGGUCUGGUGGAUAAGGCGAAGUUGCUUUUCACAAGCCUGAGAGGGUCGGGCAGGGACUUGGACGCAGUGAUAUGGAACGCCAUGCUGAGUGCCCUGGGGAAGAACGGGCGGGUGGAGGAGGCGAAGGAGCUGUUUGCAGACAUGCAGGAGAAUGGGCCGGCACCCACUGUCUACUCUUACUCCAUCAUGAUUGACGCUGCCCUGGGGAAGAACGGGCGGGUGGAGGAGGCGAAGGAGCUGUUUGCAGACAUGCAGGAAAGCGGACUGGAUGUGUCCACUACCCUUGCCCGCAUGCUCUCUUCGGGUCUGCGCCCCUCUCUCGUCACGUUCAACUCCAUGCUCGCUGGCAUGGUCAACGAUGCUGCUGCUCUGUUUCGCAGGAUGAGGGCAGAGGGGGUGCCUUGCCGCCCAGCCGCGGGAAAGCUGAAGAGCUGUGUGUCUUGCCUCCUACCUCUGCCUCCCAUCUCCCCUCACCAUGCAGUUACGGCAAAGCCGAUCGCAUUCUCGAUGCCUCCACCACAUUUGCCCGCAUGCUCUCCUGUGGCCUCCGCCCAUCUCUAUUAUGGGAAGGCGGAUCGAAGAUUGGACGUGUCAACCACCUUCGCCCGCAUGCUGUCAUCUGGCCUCCGCCCAUCCCUGGUCACGUUCAACUCCAUGCUCGCUGCCUACCGCCGUGCCGGCAUGGUCAACGACGCUGCUUCUCUGUUCCGGAGAAUGAGAGCAGAGGGGGUGCCUUGCCGCCCAGCCGCGGGAAAGCUGAAGAGCUGUGUGUCUUGCCUCCUACCUCUGCCUCCCGUCCCCUGUCUCCCCUCCCCAUUCAGUUAUGGGAAGGCGGAUCGAAUAUUGGACGCGUCAACCACCUUUGCGAAAAUGCUCUCUUCUGGCCUCCGCCCGUCUCUAGUGACAUUCAACUCCAUGCUCGCUGCCUACCGCCGUGCCGGCAUGGUCAACGACGCCGCUGCUCUCUUCCGGAGAAUGAGGGCAGAGGGGGUGCCUCCCAGCCAUGUGUCGUACGCGAUUCUCAUUCAUACGCACGCACAGGCGGGCGAUUUGAGAGAGGCGACUCGUCUUUUCAGGUGGGUUAUAAUCCUUCCGUUUGGCUGUUCUGGGGAUGGGAGGAAAGGACAGUGGGAGCAGGGGCGGGUGCCUCCCAGCCAGGUGUCGUAUGCGAUCCUCAUCCACACACACGCACAGGCGGGCGAUUUGAGGGAAGCCACUCGGCUGUUCAGGUGGGUUAUAGUCCUUCGUACGGCUGUUCUGGGGAUAGGAGGAGAAUAG